ACCGAAGCGACAAGCGCCAACGGCACGCCUGAUUUGCGCCGAUUCCAGUCGAGUUGCGCUGCCAAUAUUAUUAUUAGCUGCCUGCCGAUUGUCCGACCGCGUCCAUCCGUCCGCUCAUCCGCACGUCCGACCGACCGUCCGUCCGACGCACCAGCGGCCGCCAGCGCGCCGUCAUGGACACAGAUUCGCAGUUACAACAAUAUGGCGAAGUUAACCAACUUGGCGGCGUGUUCGUGAACGGGCGUCCACUGCCCAACGCAGUGCGCUUGCGCAUCGUCGAGCUUGCGCAGUUGGGCAUCCGACCAUGCGACAUUUCGCGGCAGCUGCGCGUGUCGCACGGCUGCGUUUCCAAGAUCCUGGCGCGCUACCACGAAACCGGCUCCAUACUGCCGGGGGCAAUCGGGGGCAGCAAGCCACGCGUCACCACCCCCAGGGUGGUCACCUACAUCCGCGAGCUCAAGGUCAAGGACCCCGGCAUCUUUGCGUGGGAGAUCCGCGACCGGCUGCUCGCCGACGGCGUGUGCGACAAGUUCAACGUGCCGUCGGUCAGCUCCAUCAGCCGCAUUCUGCGCAACAAGGUGGCCCCCGGCACGGGGUCACCGCAGUCUCCGCCGGGGCCACCGUCACCCCACCCGCCGCCGCCACCACACCACCAAACCGCAGCCCUUUACUCGAGUUUCUUCCCUGCAGCGGCGGCGUCGGCGCCAUUCGGCGCACCAAAGAUGCCGCCUCAGGUCGUCUGCCCCACGGGCCCUCGGGGCCACUGUUGGCCCAGUUCGCACUCGGUUUCGGACAUCUUGCGCCUGUCGCAGCAGCAGCCCCAGUCGGCCAGCAACUACUACAUGUAUUUGCAAGGGUGCAGUUCCGUGGUCGGUCACCAGCCGGGCGGCCUGGCUCACCACCAGACCACCUCCCUCUGACCGCCACACGUUGGCCCCCCUUCGCGUUGUGGAGUUCACCUCUGAAGCGCUUAGACUGUAUCCCUUCGAUGCCGUUUCGCAGCAACCGGUGGUUUUAGGAGUGACCACUGCGUCAGGCGCCACUGGAUAUCAAGGAGUCUGAAUUUUUAAUUUUUAAGUUGCUCACGUUGGUACCAAACGCCAGGGGACGAUUUCUCCUUAACACACUAAUGUUUUAACUGUAUUUUGCCGAUUACAAACCAUUGCAUUCAAAUAAAUUUAGGCCAGUCAAUUAAAAAUUUAAUAUGGCGUAUAUGAGUGAUAAUUCAAAUUUUAAAAUUUAAAAAGAUGAUGGUCUGAAUUGAAGUCUUUCAAUUUGGUUUAAUUUCUUUGAUUGACAGGUAAACAGUGCCCCAGGCCUAUCCAAAUCGUACAUACGAAAUAUGUUUAACUCUAUUGUUAAUCCUGAAUGAGCUAUCUUCACUCGAGAUAGAUAUUUCCAUUGAAACUGUACCCUCGUAGCUUAUUAGUCAUAAUAUUUUUCUACCAGUUUCGGUUUCACAGUAAAGCAAUCUAUAUAUAUUUCAUAAAUAAGAAAACUCAACCAAUGGUUUAAGAUGACUAAUAAGCAUCGAGGAUGAGGUCUGGUUUGCAAUUUUUAAUACGUCAAAAUGUUCAAAACCAUGAGGAGAAAUAUAUUUCAAUAUUUAAAUUAUUGUUUUUAAAAAUAAAAUUUUAGCUGUCUUUAUGUCCUCUGGUGUCAGCUUCGGACCUUUAAAACGUUUUAUUAAUUAUGAGAAUUUAAACGGUUUUACACCGUGGCGUUACGUCUGCUGGUCACUCGCAGAAAAUCGGUUCGCGAGAGCAAAAGCAAAACGUUCACUGCUUUGGCGAGUGAAAAUGUUGUGAUAAAAACAAAGAUUCGCAGCGUGCCAGUGAAGUCAAACAAGUCGACUGCGUGUUGUGACAUGAACGAUUUUUUCCCUCUGAGCGAGACGAAAACUAAAGAACUAAUUAACAUUCUUAUGUGUGUUCAAGUAUGUGUCGGCGUUGCUUGUGGUCGUUUUAAUUGUGUAUCAAAAUUGAGGCAUUUUUUACAAGUUAAUUUUAGCUUAAUACGCCCGCCCCAGCUGAGAAAUCAGCACGUGGGCUUACGAAGUCAUAUAUAUAUACAUACGAAUAUUGUACACACGCACAGUCUUAAUAAUUAUUUAACGAUUUACUAAACAUUUCUUGGAACUUCUGGAGGAUAAAUCACGGGUCGCUUCCCUGGAAUUCGGCGAUACAACGUUCAACCACCCAGCAGUUUUAAUCUUCCUUUCCUGUGACUUUUCCUAUUUUGAAGAGUAAUUUUAUUUAUAUAUGAAUGAUAUUUAAUUAAAUAAAAACGAAACAAACUAUA